AUGGUCAGUAGCACAUUAUUUAGAAGGAACUUUUGUAAUCAGCAAUCUUUUGACGACCGCCCUUUUGACCACCGCCCUUUUGACCACCGCCCUUUUGACCACCGCCCUUUUGACCACCGCCCUUUUGACCACCGCCCUUUUGACCACCGCCCUUUUGACCACCGCCCUUUGACCACCGCCCUUUUGACCACCGCCCUUUUGACCACCGCCCUUUUGACCACCGCCCUUUUGACCACCGCCCUUUUGACCACCGCCCUUUUGACCACCGCCCUUUUGACCACCGCCCUUUUGACCACCGCCCUUUUGACCACCGCCCUUUUGACCACCGCCCUUUUGACGACCGCCCUUUUGACGACCGCCCUUUUGACAACCGCCCUUUUGACAACCGCCCUUUUGACCACCGCCCAUUUGAGGCGCCCAGAAGCACGCUCAUGCCCCGCGUUGACUGUUGUUGUUGACUCCUUUUCUUCCUCUCUGGUUGCAUGCAGGUUCCUCCAUCACAACUCGCUCACAGGAUCUCUGCCUCUCCAGUUGUCUGAGCUCACCUCCCUCUUCUCCCUGGACCUUUCAUACAACAAGCUGAAUGGCACUCUACCUCCCAUCUUCACCAGCAGCAUGCAAUUUCUAGGCUUCUUGAUUCCUAGUCUAUCUCAUUGGGAUGUUCAAGGAUUCUUACUCUAUCUCAUUUGGAUGUUUCUUAAGAAUCCAGAAAAACUGCCCGUCCAGUUUGGCGCCUUCACAAUAUCUGCCCACUGCUCUCUCAAGCCACCUUCAUUAGAAUGGCACAUGCCACAUUUCCCUCCCUCUCCCCUCCCCUUACUCCCCCCUCCCGCUACCCUGGCAUCUAUCUCACAACUCCUUCCUAAGACCGCUGCCCUCCAAUCUGGCCACUCUCACCCCUUCCCCUCCCCCUCCCCCUUCCCUUCCACCUCCACGUCCUCCCCUUACUCCCUCCUCCCCCUACCCAGGCAUCUAUCGCACAACUCCUUCCUGGGACCGCUUCCCUCCAAUCUGGCCACCUGCCAAUCGCUUUACGAGCUUGACGUCAGCAACAACUAUCUGAGUGGCAUCGUUGCUCCCAUCAUCAGCUCGCUGACGUCACUGCAGACACUUGCCCCUCAUGAGUUCAGCCCCUCUCAUACAACACUACAGCAUCCACACCAACUAUUUUUUCCACGCCUCCCUCUUAUGGCCCACCCCACCCCAGUCCACCGCAUUCAACUCCGCCCUACCCAACCCAAUCCCACCCCACCCUCCCCCACCCACUUCCACCGCAGUGAUCUCUCUUCCAACUAUUUCACCGGGCCAGUCCCCCCCAUGAGCUCAGCACCUCUCAUCCAACACUACAGCAUCCACACCAACUAUUUUUUCGGCUCGGGCAACAUACUCGACCUCGCCGGAAAUUCCAUCUGCCCGAACGCCACCUCAUCCGUCCAAACCGCCAACAACUGCCUCCAAUACGCAUCCGACACCUGUACCAGCGCCACCAGCACAGGCGGUAACCCUGUUACCGUAACCGAGGCGCAGCGCACCGCAGCAGACUGCAGUGCUUUUUGUUCGACGAGUUUCGGGCUGGUUACCACUCCGGGGAGUAACGCGCAGUGCACGUAUGGGAUCGGGCUUCCCUAUCCCCUCUCGUCCUGUUGCCUCCUUUAUCCUCCAUCACUCCAUUCUUCCUCUCUUCCUCCCUCCAUCUCCCUUUCUUCCUCCCUCCAUUCUACCUCUCUUCCUCCAAUAUUUAUUCUCCCCCUCGUCCUCCUUCCAGUAUUCCCCUUUUCCUCUCUCCGUUCUUCUUCUCUUCCUCCCUCCAUUCUUUUUCUCUUCCUCCCUCCAUUUUUUUUUCUCUUCCUCCCUCCAUUCUUCUUCUCUUCCUCCCUCCAUUCUUUUUCUCUUCCUCCCUCCAUUUAUUUUUUCUUCCUCCCUCCAUUCUUCUUCUCUUCCUCCCUCCAUUCUUUUUCUCUUCCUCCCUCCAUUCUUUUUCUCUUCCUCCUCCCAUUCUUUUUCUCUUCCUCCCUCCAUUCUUCUUCUCUUCCUCCUCCCAUUCUUUUUCUCUUCCUCCCACAAUUCUUCUUCUCUUCCUCCCUCCAUUCUUUUUCUCUUCCUCCCUCCAUUUUUUUUUCUCUUCCUCCCUCCAUUCUUCUUCUCUUCCUCCCUCCAUUCUUUUUCUCUUCCUCCCUCCAUUUAUUUUUUCUUCCUCCCUCCAUUCUUCUUCUCUUCCUCCCUCCAUUCUUUUUCUCUUCCUCCCUCCAUUCUUUUUCUCUUCCUCCCUCCAUUCUUUUUCUCUUCCUCCCUCCAUUCUUCUUCUCUUCCUCCUCCCAUUCUUUUUCUCUUCCUCCCUCCAUUCUUCUUCUCUUCCUCCUCCCAUUCUUUUUCUCUUCCUCCCACAAUUCUUCUUCUCUUCCUCCCUCCAUUCUUUUUCUCUUCCUCCCUCCAUUCUCCUCUCUUCCCCUCUCAUAA